AUGGCUACAGCAAAUGUCAAAGGAUUUGUGAACAACAUAGAAAGUAUGUGUGAAUGUAACAUUUGCUAUGUUGCAUACGACGAAAUAAAGCAUAUCCCAAGACUUUUACCAUGUCAUCAUACUUUUUGUUCAGAAUGCCUUUCGAAGCACUGCAAGGGACAAAAACUAAAAUGCCCCUAUUGUAUGAAGGAACAUAAUGUCAGAAACAGGGAUAUAAAUAUAUUUCCAAAAGACAACACAAGACGUGAUUUAAAAGAACUUUUAGAGAAAUUUUCUCAGUCUUUAUGUGGGGUUUGCCGGCGACAUGACAACGUGAAGUAUUUUUGUGGGACUUGUAGGAUUCGUAUGUGUAGAGGAUGCUACAAAGAAAGGAAACAAAAUGUUUGCAUAAUGCAUGAUAUUGAUAUCCCUGAAGAUUCGUCUAUGACCCCAGAUACAUCUCUAGAGUCACCUGAAAUUCAUUCCAAAGAUGUUUGUUUAUUGCCUGGUCAUGAAAAUAAUCAGCUCAAGUAUUUUUGUUCAGAAAUAGCUUGCUCAAAACCAGCCUGUUCCAACUGCGUUGUAGAAUUGCAUAACGGACAUGAUUACAAGCCUAUAAAAAACGAAUAUGAAAAUCGCAUGCAAAGUAUGAAGAAUAGUUGUAUGGCAACGCAUGCUAAAAUAGUGAAAGCAAAUGAAUUAUUGAAAAUUGUUGAGAACCAGCACUUUUCAAUGACAGAGAACUUCAGAAAAGGUAGAGAUAAGUUGUCUCUAGAGGCCAAUAAGGGCAUUAGAUAUAUAAAUGAUUUUGAAGAAAAUGCUUCGAAGAACACAAAUGAAAUCAUUCAAGAAAACCUCACCGUACUAGACAGAAAAAAAGAGCAGUUAAAGUUCUUUAUCGAAAACGCCACAGAAUGUUGUGCUAUUUCAGAGGAAGCAUUAACGGGGAACAAUUUUAUUACAUUUUUGUCCGUUGAGAAAACUCUGAGAGAGAAAUUGAUCUUAUUUGAGAAAUCUGAAGUCGAUAAACCUUUAGAUCCCAUGACCGAAGGAGAUUUUGAGCUAGAAAAUCCAAUUAUGGAAUUAAGGAAAAGAAUAGAAAGAAUGACCAGAAAUGGCGACGAGAAUACAGGUGGAGAUAAUUCAUUUCAGGGUAGGUUAUCAUGA